AUGUCAGAAGUUGAGGAACUGAUAGUAAAACUACAGCAAAAUGCACAGUUAUCCUCCCGCGGAAGAGCAAUAGAAAGGGAUUGCUUUAUAACGGAUAAGAGUGGAAAGGAGAGAAAGAUCCAGAGCUGGAAGUUUAAUGAGUGGGAUUACGGUAAGAACAACAUCACUCUACCGUGUAACGCUCGAGGACUUUUUAUUUCUGCCGAUGGUAUAGGACAACCAAGGAUUAUGGCAAGAGGAUACGAUAAGUUUUUCAAUAUUGACGAGGUCGCCAAAACUCAUUGGGACUGGAUCAAAGAUAAUACACAGGGACCCUAUGAGGUUUCUGUGAAGGCUAACGGCUGCAUUAUAUUUAUAUCAGGACUGGAAGAUGGUACUUUGGCUGUCUGCUCCAAACAUUCAAUUGGUCACCGUGACGACGUCGACAGAAAUCAUGCUGAAGCGGGUGAGAAAUCUUUACUAGAUCAGCUAGCGAAGAUUGGGAUGGAUCCAACAACUCUGGCAUUGGAUUUGUUUUCUCAAAACAUCACGGCAGUUGCAGAAUAUUGUGAUGACUCCUUUGAAGAGCAUAUCUUAGAAUACGUGGGAGAACGGAGUGGCCUGUAUCUGCACGGUGUUAACAUGAACACGAGCGCAUUUCACACAUGGCCACUCUCAAAAGUGAACGAGCUGGCGAACAGAUAUAAUUUCAAGAAAGUGGAAUGUUUGACGUUUGAUUCAAUUGAAGAAUUACAGAACUUAUUCAACGAGUGUUCAAAGACAGGCGUGUACCAUGGAGUGGAGAUCGAAGGGUUUGUUAUCCGAUCACAUUUACAGCAAGACGAUAAAGCUUCGUUCUUCUUCAAGUAUAAACUUGAAGAGCCUUAUCUGAUGUAUAGACAGUGGAGAGAAGUUACCAAGGACUACAUCAAUACGAAAUCACGAGUCUUCAAAUUCAAGAAGCAUAAAUUUAUCACAAACAAGUACCUCGAUUUUGUGAUUCCAUUAUUAGAUAAUGAUGCAACACUGUGUGAAAACUAUCUCAAGGGGUUUGGAAUAAUCAAGCUGCGCAAUUUGUUUUUGAAAUCUUACGGUAUGACAGGUUUUGAAAUAUUGAACAGUGAAAAAAUCAACGAGCUAGAAAAUAAAAAUGCGAUCGACUAUGAAAAAGUGGAUGAAAACACCAAGUUUUUAAUAUUCCCAAUCUCUGUAAUAGGAUGUGGAAAGACUACAACUGCGAUUACUUUGAAGAACCUUUACCCAGAAUCGUGGGCCCAUGUUCAAAAUGACGAUGUUCAUGGUAAAGAUAAAUCACAGCUAAUGAAGAGAUCGUUAGGGCAAUUAAGCAAAGCUGGAGUAAAGUGUGUUUUUGUUGAUAGAAAUAACCAUCAAUUUAAGGAACGCCAACAACUUUUCCAAUGGUUGAAUGAUCUGAAGGAGGACUUCUUGCCAUAUAAUCAAAAUAUCAAGGUGAUUGGUGUUUCAUUUGCGCCAUACGAUAAAAUGGAUAAGAUCAAGACUGUAACUGUAAAAAGAGUUUUGGAAAGGGGUGAUAACCAUCAAACUAUCAAGCUACAGAAAUAUGGUGAGCAAAAAAUCGUUGGUAUCAUGAGUGGGUUUUGGAGGAGAUACCAACCUGUUGUCAAGGAUAAAUCACCCGAUAACUUGUUUGAUUUACUUAUAGAGUUGCCAUACAAUGAAGUAAAUUCGUCUUUGAUUAAUACCAAGAUCAUCCUUGAAAAUUUACAUAGGGAAUACCCCAUCCUAGUGCCUGAGAUCCCUGAUGAAAAUGCUAUUAAGAGUAGUUUUGAUCUUAGCUUGGAGCACAAGAUCCCUAUAAAACCAGGAUCAUCGACCCCAAAUACAAAGGAGAAGAAGAAUAAACCGGCAAAAAAAGAUCCCUUACUCAAACCAAAAAAACUCAAGCCAGUAUACUUUUCUGCCAAUGUUUCUGUCGACUUGGUUAAAUCUGCUAUUGAUACUUUAAUAAUGCAAAAUUUAGGGAAGAUUGCUGAAGAGGGAAAUCAAUACCUGACUUCCCUGUUUGCGGAAGACAAAUUUCAGAAGGCAUUCCAUGUUACGCUGAGCCACCGAGCUCAAAGUAGUUCUAAUAGUGGUGACGAGAGGGGAAAAAGGAACUGGGAACGGUACACAAAGCACUACGAGCCCAUAAUCAAGAUGUCUGAAAGUACUAACAAUUCACAGGAAAAUACCGCAUUGCCCAUAAGAACUGGGGACAUUGUUAGUAUGAGGUUAUCAAAGUUGAUUUGGGAUGACAAGAUUGUCACUAUUAUUGUCGACUUAUUGGAAAAUACAGACAAUUCGAUAGCUGUGAGAUCCGCUGAAAGAGAGGUAAUAAAUGGACUCAAUUGUACAAACCUGAUUCCUCAUAUAACUAUUGGGAUAUUGCAGGAUGGUGUGAAGGCGUAUUAUUCCAACGAACUGUGUAACAAGAUUGCCAGUGGUGGAAAUACUUCUGGCUGUUUCGAAUUGAAUUUCGUUGAUUCAAAGGUCUUUGAUGCCGAGGUGUAUAUAAACUUAUAG